AUGUCGUGGAUUUGGAUCGGUCGUCCACUGGUUAAUUCUACAUUUUGCCGGACCAAAACAGCAUCUGGGGAACCGCUGAAACUCGUCUCGAAGCUGCAAUGCAAUAUUACCAUCAAUAACGUCACCAAGGAGGGCAAGUUUUUUGUCGCCGCUACUAAUGUCAACCUCAACAUUUUAGGCAUUGACCUGUUCAAUUUGUGGAAUCAGCCAAUUACGUCAUUCUUCAAUCACAUCAACACUUCGAAGACGCAAGGUAUAGCAGAACUACAGGAUUGGUUUCCCAAUGUUUUUACUCACCGAAUGGGUCUGUGUAACAAGACUCCAGUGCAACUCAUGCUCAAGGAAAACCCCAAACCAAUGUUUCGUCCAGAACGGCCGGUUGCCUACAGUCGUAGAAAGCGAACUAAGUCGGUUGAAAAGCUUUGGGAUCAUAAAGAAGGUCGAUUUUUCGGACUGAGCGGCACCCAUUGUCGUAGUGCGAAAACCGAAUGGAACUGUUUGGAUCUGUGCGGAAUUUUCGACAGAUCUAAAUGCGGUACAAGUGGACGAAGUCAGCCAACCGCUUCUCACCAACAACACACAUCGAGGCCUAUUUCAGUUUACCCGGUAUCAUCCGGUAUCAAAGCAGCGCCGGGGGCCUUCCAACAGUUGAUGGACGCAAUGCUUGCUGGACUUGUGUGCGCUACUGGUUAUUUGGAUGACAUUUUGGUGGGAGGCCGUACGGAAGAAGAACAUCAACAGGGGACGGGCAUAGCGUAG